AAUGUUACGCGACGCGUGGUUGGUGGGCGGAGUGGGGGUGUGGCGCAAGUCGCUAUUCGUUACUAUGGCUCGAAGGAAAUGAACCGUCGGAAAUCUCCAGUUACUCUUCACUUCAGGACGAAAUAGAAAAAAGGUUUCUUGUAAAAUGUGCUGAAACUCCAUACAUUCAUAUUGUAUUUGUAUCGCAGUUCAGAAAUAUCUAUUAGCCAAUUACUUUAAAAUUUAUUGUACAGUGUUUGUUUUAUUUAUUGUAAUAUAACAUUUAGGAAAAUUUUAAACAGUUGGUAAGCUCUGGUUUUAACCUAAAUUUAAAGAAAAUGUCUGACAAGCAAGAAGCUUCAAACCAGGAUGUCACUACAACUCAGCAAUCAGUAAAUUUAAAGCAAAAGAUUACCCUGGCAAAUGGUGUAGCACUCAUUGUUGGAAAUAUUAUUGGUUCUGGUAUAUUUUUAUCUCCAAAAGGAGUUCAAGAACAAUGUGGAUCUCCUGGGUUAAGUUUGAUCAUAUGGUCUAUUUGUGGUGUGUUUUCUUUGGUGGGUGCUCUGUGCUACGCUGAGCUUGGCACAACUAUUAUUAAAUCUGGUGCAAGUUAUGCUUAUAUACUGGAAGCAUUUGGUCCGGUUGUUGGUUUUGUUCGAUUAUGGAUCUCAGUGCUCAUUAUAGAACCCACAGUCCAAGCAGUUAUUGCAAUUACAUUUGCAAACUAUUUAAUUCAACCAUUUUUUCCUACUUGUGAAGCACCAUUCUUUGCUGUAAGAUUACUUGCUGCAGUUUGUGUAACGAUUAUCAUGGCUAUGAACUGCUUUAGUGUAAGGUAUGGAACGAGAAUUCAAGAUGUUUUUGCUUAUGCCAAAGUGCUAGCUUUGAUUGUUAUUAUGAUUUUUGGAUUUAUUGCUUUGGCAAAUGGAACUUCAUCCAGUUCUUUGGCUAAACCUUGGAAAGGGACAACUACUGAUGUUGGAAAUAUAGCUCUUGCAUUAUAUUCGGGUCUGUAUGCCUAUUCCGGUUGGGAUACACUCAAUUUUAUGGUGGAGGAACUAAAAGAUCCGUACCGGAACUUGCCAAGAGCCAUUUAUAUUUCACUUCCACUUUGCACCAUCAUUUACAUUCUAACCAAUGUGGCUUAUUAUGCUGUUUUGACACCAGAUGAAUUAAUAGCAUCAGAUGCAGUUGCAGUUGGUUUUGCAAGUAAAACACUUGGUGUCAUGCAAUGGACGAUUCCUAUCGCUGUCGCAAUGUCAACAUUUGGCGGACUUAAUUCCUCCAUUAUGGCUUCUUCCCGUUUGUUCUUCGUUGGUGCACGAGAAGGGCAUUUGCCAGAUUACUUGGCUAUGGUCAGCUUAAAACGAUUCACCCCUGCACCCAGUCUGUUAUUUACCAGUUUACUCACACUAGUAUUUCUGUGUGUUGAGAAUGUGUUUGACCUGAUCAAUUAUUACAGCUUCAUGUACUGGCUCACAGUUGGUUUGUCAAUUCUUGGCCAAAUCUAUCUGCGUUUUAAAAAACCAGACUUGCCACGACCUCUGAAAUUUAAUCUUGCGUUUCCAAUCACAUUUUGCCUUGCCUGUUUAUUCCUGGUCAUUGUUCCAUUCUUUACUUACACAAGAGAAUCACUUGUUGGCACCGCAAUACUUGCUACUGGAAUUCCUAUCUACUACUUCUUUAUUUAUCGCAAACUACCAAACUGCAUCAGUAAGAUCAGUGAAGCGUGCACCAGAUUGUUUCAAAAGUUACUUCCAGUAGCGAUCUCUGAGGUUGAAAUAGAAGGAGAUUUUUAGGCAUAUUUUAUUUAUUUCUACAUCUUAAAUAUUGCUUUUACAAUCGGUAGUCAAUCUUUUAAAGUGCUUUUUUUGUUGUUUGUACAUACAUAUAUAAUUUUUUGUGUGUGAAGCGUAGUUUUUUUGACUGUUACAUUGGUAGGGUAAUGUGAAGUUGAUAACACAGUAUACUGCCUCGUUCCUUAAUAUUAUCCUUCUUUUUUGUUCCUGUAUGUUUGUCAACAUUUCCGAUCUCAUCAUGAAUUUAAUUAUCAAGGUUUUUCAAAAUCGUAGCUUUUUUGCCUAGAAGAUAAAAACCUCAUGUUUUGUGUUUUAUGUAAUUUUGUUGUGUUUGCAGUGGCGCAAGCGCAAAGAGUCUUGUUUUUAAAAACACUUUUUAAAAAAAAUUAUAAUUUUUUAUUGGAUUAAACAUGCAGUUGCAAUAUCAAAUCCUUUAAUUUUGAAAACUUUAGUCAUAUAUCGGUAAUGUAUAGUAAGGUAAGGUAUGUGAAUCAAAGUUAAGGGGGGGGGGGGGGGGGGGUUUAAACAAAUCAUGUUUUACGCUCCUGUCUGAAAUUCCCUUUUAUUUUUUUGCUGCGCCAGUGUAAAAGGGUAUCCGUUUGUGUAUACUACCACAGCAUUAACUUAAUUGUUUGUUAAGUAUACACAUGUUUUAACUUGUCAAUAAGCUGUGCUGAUAAGAUUUAUUUUGUGCUGCUAUUUCUCUGCUGCUUUUAUACAUUGUCAACUCUUGAUUCAAAUGCACAAAAGUUUGGUUUAAUAUACUAAGGUUUUUAAGCUAGGAUUAUCAUGUACUGACUCACUCACACGUACACAAACAUUUUUAUUUUCUUUCCACCCGUUUAAAGAGGUUACUGUGCAGAUCUUAUUUAGUUAGAAAUAUGGAAUAUACGUGCCCAUCAUGUUUUGUAAAAUUAGUUGUUUUAUUUGGUAAAUGUUCUGUUUAUAUGUUCAGCUCUUACCAAUUUUAGAUAUUCAAUUUUAUCUAGGUUUUAUAUAUCUAUAUUAUACUUGGCUUUUAAAUUAAUAAAAAAUAAAAAAAAUUGUCACAUGUAUUAACAUUUUUUGUGUACUAUCUGAAUUUGUAACCACUACUGUGACCACACAUAUUAUCUACAUGGUUUAACAUAAGAUGGAAAUUCUUAGUAAAAAUGCCAUCUUCGUUCAUCUGUAAAGAGCUUAGGUGAAUGUGCAGACGCAGCACAUUUCAUGUACAGUUGGGUGCAACGUUGUUUUCAAGUGUGUUUCAUCUCUUGAGUUAUAUUUGUGUCUUGCUUUCUAUCUCUAGAUUAAAUUACAGUGCCCCUACCACUAAUAUACUUAUUAUGUGCAACUAUAUUAGUUUGGGUUAAAUAUCAAAAUGGCAUGUAGGUUCUUGGUAAAUACAUCUUAGUUGUAAAUUCAUUACAUGAAUUAGUUAAUUAGAAUUGGAAAUUAACUGUUAAUUUUAAUUGUAAAUAUCAUUUUG